AUGACUGAUAGCACAUUACUACCUUACUUACCUGACCUUGUUAUGCACCAAAUCAUCCAACGACUUCCUACCAAACCUGCAAUUCGCAUGAGUUGUCUUUCCAAGCAAUGGGAAGGUGUAUGGUCUGCACUCCGCAUAUUAGAGUUUGACGAGGGAAAUCAGCCACAUGAUGAUGAUGACGACGACGACGACGACAACCACACACAUGCAAAGUUCCUCAACAUCUUGGCAAGGUAUUUGGAAUUCCGUCAGAAGGACAAGCAGCAACCUCCCUUGGAUAAAUUCAGGCUUUGUAUGACGUACUUAGAUGCAGAUGAAGAUGCUAUCAUAGGAAAGUUGUUGAGUAAUUUAUUUGAGAGAAAUGUCAAGGACUUAGAUAUCAGCCUUAGAAGUAAACAUCAGAAGGUUGAAAGCUACUAUUGCUUACCCCGGACAGCCAUUAUUAAUGCAAAAUCUGUGACUACUCUAAAUUUGGAGCACUUGAGGAUAAAGGACAUUCACAACAUUCCUGAGCCUAUGUUGCCCUCUUUGAAAACUUUGUCGCUUAAAACCAUGCAAGUGAGUGGCCCGGCUCUCUUCUACUUAAUUUUGGGGUGUACUUCAGUUGAGCAUUUGUCAUUAACUUCAUGUUCUUUUGACCCCCCGGUGUUUCUCAUUUCAAGUUCUAGCCUCAAAUCAUUGGAAGUUAAGAAUUGCAAUUUGCAGCAUAUUCGAGUUGAUGAAGCUAUAAAUCUUGAAUCUUUUAUUCUUGUUUCUGAAUUUUCUACCCUCGAGGGUGUGCUCUUGGAUAAAUCUUUCAAGUUGAGUUCUAUGAAAAUCCGUGAUCAACACCUGAGUUACUUUGGUUUAUCUGAAUGCCAUGACAGCUUGGAGGCCACAAUCAAUACUCCAAAUCUGGUUCAUUUUCUGUUCCAGGGUUCUAUAAAGUCCAAAGUUUCUCUGUCAGCUCCCAAUUUACAAAUCGCUCACAUCCUACUUAAGAAAGAGUUUUCCACCUUCAAGGGGCCAUGGCAACAUUUUGAUAUUUUGAGGGACUUUCUUGAAGCAUUUAGUUGCUCCAAAAAUAUAACCUUCUUUAUACGUGAUUUCAAGGAUAUCAUCUUUCCAGCAGAUUUCAAAAGAACAUUUCAUCCACCAUUUCCUAGUGUUGAGGGUGUCAAGGUUGUGAUUUUGAAUCCUCCGACAAAGGAAACAGAGAGUUCUAAGUUGAAGGUCUCCUUGGUUUGGAUGGCCCCUUCUGCAGUGGAAAUUGAAUGUGAUUCCCUAUCUGAGCAUCGAGGAUUAAACAUGUAACUAGCUCUUACUAGAAAAUUAAGAUGACUGUGGUGCCAGAUUCUUCUUCCAAUUUGUUGGCAAACCAGAGCUUUGGAGCUUCCUUGUUCAGUUAUGUUUCGUGCUUUAUGUUUUGCUAGGGAUGUUGUAACGAUUUCAUACUCCAUGCUCUUCAGCUUCCAAAAGAUAUCUUGGGAGCUUAAAUUCUACAUGAUUGUCUAUUGCGUCCCCUCUUUUUUGUGAUUGUCUAUUGCAUUGUUGUUGGAAAUGGUUUGCCAUUUUGUCGGCAGCAAUUAUUAA